AUGACCGGUAGCACUGUCACGACUGAGUUUAAAACCGGUGACCUGGUUCUUUGCAAAGUUGGUUCAUUCCCACCCUGGCCCGCCAUUGUAUUUCCUCAAAGAUUACUCCGAAAUGACGUUUAUAAGAAACGAAAACUAAAUUGUGUGGCUGUUUGUUUCUUUAACGAUCCAACAUAUUAUUGGGAACAACCUCAUCGUUUGCGUCCCUUGAAUAAAACGAUCAUAAAUCAGUUCCUAAAGGAAGGUUACAAAAACGUUACUCAGAAGGAUUUAAUUGAGGCGUAUAAGCAAGCUUCCAAAUAUUCAAAUUUGAAACGAUUUAUUAAGUCUAGGUUUACUGAUGAAAAUAGAAUAAAUGACUUAACUGUGGAAGAAUCAAAUAAUGGUUCAAUAAUCGCUGGCGAAGAUCCAUUUUUGGGCAAAAAAGGUGAUGGAAGAAAUUUGAAAGUAACUGCUGUUGCACAACGUUCGAAACGACGUAAAUCUACGCAUGCCUAUGAUAAAGAUGAUGACGAUGAGAGUGACGAUACCGAUUCAGCAGAACCAAUUAUCGAUGGUGAUACUACUUCUAUAAACAAAAAGAAACAUGAUCAUUAUAAUAUUGAGAAAUCUAAUAAGGUUCAUACUAAGUUAGAUAGAUCAAGAAGAAUAGAGAUAUGUCUUUUGUUCCGUCGAAGGAUUCAGAAGAAUUUGAUACAGAGAGAUACUCCCCCCACUCAAGACGAAAUUAAAGAGUCUCAUAAAUUGUUAAAUAAAAUGCAUGACAAUUUGGACAACGAUCCACCUUUUUUUGAUGUCGAAUCAUUAAAACAUAGUAAAAUAUACAAGUUAUUAAAAGUGAUUGUUAAUAAUGAUGAUUUGGAAGAGUUCCAUCCAAUUUGUAAAGAUAUCUUAAACAAGUGGAGUAGCCUAAUUCAACAAAUAAAAUUGGAAAAGAACGCCAACGAGAAAUCUGAUCAACGCAAACCAGGUGUAGAUAAACAAGUAGGUAUUAGCACUAACACAAGAAGCUGA